AUGGGUGUUGUUCUUAAAAAACCCUCAUCAUCUAAUUCCGUUCUCACAUCAACACCCUCAACAACAUCACCUACUCUUAGGCAAUCCAUAAAUUCUUUUUUGAGUCUUGACUAUGAUUUCUGUCGUCGCACUUACUGGCUAUGUUCUGAAUGCGGAAAUCCGAGAACUGGUUAUAGUUGGUGUCAAGCUUGCGAAUCCAACCGUUUCGAAUCCGAAUUCCCGCAUUGGACUAGCGGUAAUAUCGAUAUUGAUGACUUCAUAAGGCAAUCACAAAAAAAUGCAUACACAGCACAAGAUUAUUUGGAAUGGAUACCUUAUGAACGUUUUGUGGAGGUCAAAUAUUUAGCUAACGGAGGAUAUGGAGAUGUGUAUACAGCUUAUUGGAAAGAAGGUCCAAGGUGGGCAUGGAAUGAGCAAAAAAUGGAGAGAGUGAGAACGGGUCCGAGAAAGGUUGUACUAAAAAGUUUGACUAAUUCCCAAGAAAUUACAUUGGAUUUUUUGAACGAGUUAGCAUUACACCAUAUCUGUAAUUCAAACGGUCAUGUAAUAUUCUGUUAUGGUGUCUCUCAAGAUCCAACCACUAAAAACUAUUUACUCGUAAUGGAUUAUGCUAAAAGCUUUUAUAAACAUGUGAUCAAACCUUCACAACAUAUAUCAUGGAAAAAAAAAUUAGAGAUACUUUAUGACCUCAUAAUAGCUCUUGCGUCGUUACACAGUAAAAAUAUAGUUCAUAGAAAUUUUCAUCCUGGUAAUAUAUUUUUGGAUACCAAACACCCAGGAUUUACUUGUAUUUCGGAUAUAGGUCAAUAUUUUCCGCCGAAUAAAUCUUAUGACAAUAAUGGUAUAUAUGGAGUUUUGCCAUAUGUUUCACCUGAGAUAUUAUUAGGAUCUGAUUAUUCGACAGCGUCGGAUAUAUACUGUUUUGGAAUGAUAAUGUGGAGCAUUUCUACCGGAAGACGUCCUUUUGAUGAUAGACCACAUGACCAAACAUUAGCUUUAGAUAUUUGUAAUAAUUUGAGACCUAAAGCUGUAAAAGGAACUCCACCAUCAUUUGUCAAAUUGAUGAAACGAUGUUGGGAUUCAAAUCCGGAAAAACGCCCAGAUUCAACUGUGGUUGCAGAUAUCUUGGAAGAUUGGUUGGAUCAAUUAAUGAAUGAAAAUGGUAAUGAAUCAACGAUUAGAAAAGAAUUCUCAUUGGCUGAGGAACAGAGAAAAAAAGGUAAUGGAUAUGUGUCAUCAUCAACGGUACAUCCGAUGUCUAUAUAUACGAGUAGAUUACUGGAUUUUCCAAACCUGAAUGUGAAAUUGAAUAAAUCAUAA